UUCACGUGUUUCGAAUGGAUUUUUGUUUUUUGAUCCAUCCAUGAUGAUCGAUGAUUGUCAAUUAUUCUUGUCGUUAUUCUCCUUGGAAUUGGAUAAAACAUUUCGUAUUUCGUAACAAUACUUGGGCCAUGAAUGCAACUGUUGUCAAACGUAAAAUUGAAGAUGAAACCGAAACCGUGGUUACGAAAUCAUCGAUGUUGGAAGUACAACAACCAACAAACGAUCAGGAUACAAUAAUCGGUGAUCAGCCACCGACGAAAAAAUCACGAAUACGUAAAAUGGAUUUGCCAAAAGAAUCACUGGAUUGUUCUGAUUAUUAUAUUGAAAAUGGCAAUCGAAAAGUGUAUCCUUAUCAUUAUACAUAUCAUUCCUAUUGUAAAGGUAGAUGGUUAGGCAAAACUUUAGGCGAUUUGUUUGCCGAAGAAUUUCGAGCUUUAACACCGGAGAUCACAGCAUUUCGAAUUGAGAAAGGCUUCCUUAAAGUGAAUGGACAACCAGCACCGUUGGAUUAUCAACUCAAAUACAAUGAUUUAAUCACUCAUCGAAUCCAUCGCCAUGAAUUGCCGGUUUUAGCUGCUCCAAUACCUAUCAUAUAUUCAGAUGAUGAUUUAUUAGUCAUCGAUAAACCACCAUCAUUACCGGUUCAUGCAUGUGGCAAAUUUCGAUUGAAUUCGAUCAUUUCUGUGCUUGAAAAAGAGCAAAAAAUCAAAGAUUUACAUCUUCUCCAUCGGUUGGAUCGAUUAACUUCCGGGAUCAUGGUAAUGGCCAAAACAAAAGCACGAGCUCAAAAACUUCAUGAACAAAUGAGAAAUCGAGAACUUCAUAAAGAAUAUGUCUGCAGAGUGGUUGGUCACUUUCCAGACGGUACAAUUGAAUGUGAUCAACCAAUUGAAACAUUAGAUCACCGGAUCGGUAUUUGUAUUGCAUCGCCAGAUGGAAAACCAAGUACUACAAAAUUUACACGUUUAAAUUAUAAUGGUAAAAGUUCAACAGUUUUGGCACAACCAAUGACUGGACGUAUGCAUCAGAUACGUGUUCAUCUUCAAUAUCUUGGCUAUCCAAUUGUCAAUGAUACGUUCUAUAAUAGUACAGUAUUUGGUGAGAAAAAAGGUUUCAAUGGUGAUCUGGGCAAAUCACGUGAACAACUUUUAAAAGAUCUCGAAGAAGCACAUGCUAAAUCUAUUUAUAUUUGCAAUCAACCAAUCGAUCCAUGUGAACAACAAGCAAGAAUCAAUGAUGAAAGAAAUAGUUAUGCUUUGAAAGCUUUGGAACAUUAUACUUCGCAAUCCAUAUGGAAUGAAUUGAAAUCAAGUUACGUAUUCGAUUCUAGCAAAUAUGAAAAAGAUCCAGACUGUAAUGAAUGCCGCAAUGAAAUGGUUGAUCCUGUCGCCUAUGAACAAUUUAUCUAUCUACAUGCAUUACGUUAUCAACAUAAAGAAUGGUCAUUCGAAACACAGACACCUGUUUGGGCUAAAGAUACAUGGACUUUUGAUUGAAAUUAAAAUUAGCUAAUUUUUCAAAUAAAAAUUUUUGGUUUGUUUUAAAAAA